AUGGCGACCCGUGCACCCAAGAGGAGGAAGGUCAAGGACGCUAACGGCGCAUCGAACGGCCUUCCGGAGGACAAAGACAGAAUAUUUCCGAACGAUGCUUCCCUUGCUGCUACCGUGGAAGACAAACGCAAAUGGCAAGGAUUCUGCGAAAUCGAAAAUGACCCCGCCUUCUUCAACGUCAUGAUACAGGAGUUUGGGGUGAGGGGCGUCAAGGUCCAGGAAGUCUUUGGUCUGGACGAAGCAUUGCUGGCCAUGCUCCCGAAGCCCGUACAUGGUCUCAUCUUCCUCUUCCGCUAUGUCGAGGAUGACUUCAUCCAGCAGGAGAGCACCUGCCCAGAUCAUGUGUGGUUCGCAAACCAGACUACCGGCAACGCUUGUGCCACCGUUGCCUUGCUCAACAUCAUCAUGAAUAUUCCAAACGUCGAGCUUGGCGAGAACCUGCGAAGCUUCAAGGAAUUUACCGAAAACUUCACGCCAGCCACUCGCGGGGAGCAGAUUGUUCACUACGAUUUUGUCAAGAACAUCCACAACUCUUUCGCCAGGAAGAUUGACAUGAUGAAUAUCGACCUUCAGAUGCAACACGAUUCAACGAGCAAGUCUAAGUCUAAGUCCACUAACAAGAAAUCGAAGAACGCAGAUGCUGCGUUCCAUUUCAUCGCCUUCAUGCCCAUCGCUGGUGAAAUCUGGAAGCUUGAUGGACUUGACCGGCAGCCUCAGAAGUUAGAGAAGGUCGAGGGGGUUGACUGGCUCGAAGUUAUUGCACCCAACCUGCAGGCGCGCAUGGCUCAGUACGAGGAAGGUCAGAUCGAGUUUGGCCUCUUGGCACUCGUAAGGGAUCCGCUAAUAGACCACCGUCGACAUCUGGCCGAAAACAUCAAGUUGAUCCGCGCGUGCGAAGAUCGGCUUUCCAAGAUCAACCCGGAGUGGAAGGCUUUUGCAGUCACUGAAGAUGGCUCUGGCGAUUCCGUUAUCACUGGACCAUCCUCCGAGUACUCGAUAACCAUCGCAGACAUCCUCCAGGCGGAAAUCCCUGAAGCGACUGAGAAACGGAUAAAUGUGGACGAUGAUAUCACGACAAUGAUUGACCUACGACAGAGGGCGGUCACCGACCAGGCUGGCCUGAGGGCUGCUAUCAGGGACGAGGAAAACAUUGCAGCUGCCGACAUGCAGAAAGCGGAGAGCCGGAGACAUGAUUAUGGACCAGCGAUCCAAACGUGGCUGAGGAUGCUGGCCGAGGAAGGAAUUCUGAAGGACCUGAUACAAGAGGUCAGCUAG